AAUCUUUGAAGUUCAAAGCCGGUUAGACUUGUUCUAAAAACAUCUCAAAUCUGAAAACUGCACAUUACUUAAGCAAUCUGCAUUAUAACACUCAAUUUGGAUCGACAAUUUGCGAAACAAAUUUCCUGUACUUUUUCAGUUAUCAUUUGACCUCGAACCGAGAAGAGAGAUAUUCUUAUCACCAUGUAUAAUCCCAAAAGCACUGACCUGGAACGCGAUUACUUUCCCAGUUAUCACACCAUACGGUUCCAGGACCAGCCCGCACCUAAUUUGGCCGUGCAAGACCAUUUCUUACAGCUAACAGAGCAACAGGGUAAAGAUCUGACUACCAAGCAGGGAAUUAAAGUGGACCAUUUACGAUAUGGCGGCCAAGACGAUCGUCAAAUCGUGGACGUCUUCUACAACGAUUCCACCACUGAUUCCUCUCCCCUCUUUGUGUAUGUUCACGGGGGCUACUGGCAAAUGCUGAACAUAACCCAGUCGUGCUCCAUUGUCGGUCCGUUGGUGCGUCGUGGCUACCGCGUGGCUGUCAUGGACUACAAUCUGUGCCCACAGGUGACCCUGGAACAGCUGAUGCUGGAGUUUACCAAUUUCCUUAACUGGAUUUUCGCAUAUGCCGAGACUAUAAAGACCACAGAGAUACAUUUUGCUGGGCAUUCGGCGGGCGGACAUAUGCUGGCACAGAUUCUAAACGCACCCAAAGUGGUAACCCCCGAGAGGCGAAGGAAUAUCCGCUCGUUGAUCUUCAUGUGUGGUGUCUAUGAUCUACGCGAGCUGUGGUCCUUGGAAAAUGUGAAUCCCAAUAAUAUUCUCGGCCUUAACGCGGAAAAGGCCGCGGCCCUGUCGCCCAUUUUGUGGAAAUAUCCGGAUGCCAAGUCUUGGAGUUCCAUUAAAUUCCAUGUGAUGGCCGCAGAGCACGAAAGCUUGACAUUCAUUGAACAAAGUCGCGUCUUUGAGCAGGUUUUGGAGAAGGCUGGCUUUCCCACAAGUUUCAAGGUGAUGCAGGGAUACGAUCACUUUGAUAUUAUCGAGGAAACGGCCAUCGAUGACUCGAUUAUAGCCAAGAAUCUGCAGGAGAUCCUUAAACUUUGAACAGAUAGGUCGACUCCUAAGUGAAUUAUUCUCAAUUAUUGUUUCUUAGUGUUUUUAUAAAACAAUCUUAACUUAAUA